GAAGGAAAAUGCCUCUUUGUCGUUCUAUUGAUGGCUCUUUAUUGGUGUACGGAAGCACUGCCUUUGGCUGUUACUGCUCUUCUCCCAAUAGUACUUUUUCCAUUUAUGGGUAUUCUGCCCUCCAGCAAAGUCUGCCCGCAGUACUUCCUAGAUACAAACGUCCUGUUUCUUAGUGGUCUGAUCAUGGCCGCUGCUAUUGAGGAGUGGAAUCUGCACAGGAGAAUUGCACUAAAGGUCAUCAUGUUGGUAGGAGUCCAGCCUGCAAGGCUCAUAUUGGGGAUGAUGAUGACAACGGCUUUCCUGUCCAUGUGGUUGAGUAACACGGCUUCUACUGCCAUGAUGCUACCCAUUGCAAAUGCCAUCCUAACAAGUCUGUUUGGAGAAAAAUGUAGCGAAGAUAAAAGAAUGAAGGGCGACAAAAGCUCAGUUACCAUGCAAGAGAAUAUCUUACACCCUGUGCUUACAGAACUGCAGAUGCUCAAUAGUAAUGAAACGAAAGAAGUGGCAGAGAAAAUGGAAAUUCCCAUUGAGAUGCAUUUGGAUAUGGAGAAAGAACAGGUAUAUCAGAAAAAGAUCUGGAAAGCUUUUCUGAUCUCCAUCCCAUACUCUGCAAGUAUUGGGGGAACAGCCACUCUCACUGGCACAGCGCCCAACCUCAUCCUUCUUGGACAAUUAAAAAGCUUCUUUCCAGGUUGUGAAGUACUGAACUUUGGUUCCUGGUUUGUCUUCGCAUUUCCACUAAUGAUUUUAUUCCUUGUUCUUGGGUGGUUCUGGAUCUCAGUCUUGCAUGGAGCAAUUAACCUUAGUUGCAAAAGGAAAGAGAAGUCGGACAUCAGAUCGGAUGCAGAAGCUAAAGCCAAGGCAGUAAUAAUGGAAGAUUAUAAGAAGCUGGGCCCGAUAAAUUUUGCACAGACAUCAGUUUUCUUCUUCUUUUGCCUGUUUGCCAUCCUUCUGUUUACAAGAGACCCAAAGUUUAUCACUGGAUGGGCAUCGGCAUUCAGACCUGGAUUUACCUCUGAUGCAGUCACAGGAAUUACCAUUGCCAUAAUUUUAUUUUUCUUCCCCUCUGAAAAACCAUCGCUGUCAUGGUGGUUCGACCUUAAAGCCCCCAACACAGAAAAUAAACCACUGUUAUCAUGGAAGAAAGCUCAGGAUACUGUACCCUGGAGUAUUAUUCUAUUGCUGGGAGGAGGAUUCGCCAUGGCAAAGGGCUGUGAGGUGUCUGGUUUAUCCACAUGGAUAGGAAGCCGUUUACAGCCCCUGGAGGGUAUCCCACCAGCACUUGCUGUCUUCCUCAUUACUGUACUGAUUGCCUCCUUCACAGAGUUCGCUAGUAACACAGCCACCAUCAUUGUGUUCCUUCCUGUUUUAUCUGAGCUGGCUAUCCGUCUCAGGGUGAACCCACUGUAUUUAAUGAUUCCUGGUACCGUUGGCUGCUCAUAUGCGUUCAUGUUACCGGUGUCCACUCCUCCAAACUCUAUAGCAUUUUCUACUGGAGAUUUGAUGGUGAAAGACAUGGCAAAGACUGGUCUGCUGAUGAAUCUGAUGGGUGUCCUCCUGCUUAGUCUGGCCAUGAACACCUGGGCCAUUAGUAUAUUUCAGCUGAAUACCUUUCCAGACUGGGUCAUCGGCCAUUCAAACAAUAUCACUGUUCUUGCCACCAGCACAUACAACAUGACCACAGGGGGAUAAACCUGGCACCAUAGCUUCUACCAGCAUGGUCACAAAAGCUGGCUGAUGUUAAGAAAGGACAUGAUCUGAUUAAAUGGCCAUUUUACUAAUAUAAAAGUAAAAUGGCUGUUUUAUAGCUAUCACUGAGACACUUUCAAAGACUGUUUAAUAAGCUUUUUAAUUGUUACGCAACUGUGUCACUCCUACGGCAUCAUUUGUUUCAGAGAAUAAUAAUAUAUUGCUGUAUAUAUCUGCAGUCUCAUAUACCUCAGGUAUGCUAUAAGUAGUGCAACGCCACAUACUGUAUGCAACUUGGUGCAUAGUCUUGUCACUGGUGAACAUAAGGCUGGGUCCUCAUGACCUAUUUCUACGGAGCCUUCAGAAUUAGUGUUCUAUGUCAUUCCAGGGCAUGUGAUAUCAGACACAAAUAUUAUAUGGCAUUACCAGGCAUCUGUAUCAUCCAGAGCACCUUUAAGCACUAAACAUACAUCUCAAUGGUAAGUCCCCCUCCCACUAAGUACCAGAAUGCAUCCAGUGCAUCGGAAUGCUGACCGCAUUCCAUCUGAAGUUCGCUUUUGCCUGUUUUUGUUUGC